CUGACCGGAAGUGUCUGCAGAGGGAGUUGCUUCAGCACAACGGGGCCUUGGGUAGGAGGAGGCGGUUCAGCACCUUUUAAGAGGAGCUAUGGCUAUCCUGUUUGCAGUGGUUGCAAGAGGUACUACAAUACUUGCAAAAAAUGCCUUGUGUGGAGGAAAUUUUUUGGAAGUAACUGAACAGAUUCUGUCGAAAAUCCCAUCAGAAAAUAAUAAAUUGACCUACUCUCAUGGAAAUUAUCUAUUUCAUUAUAUUUGCCAAGAUAGAAUAAUAUACCUGUGUAUCACAGAUGAUGAUUUUGAACGAUCAAGAGCAUUUACCUUUCUAAAUGAAAUAAAGAAACGAUUUCAGACCACAUAUGGUUCAAGGGCACAAACUGCAUUGCCUUACGCAAUGAACAGUGAAUUUUCCAGUGUUUUAGCUGCACAAAUGAAACACUUAUCGGAAAACAAGAACUCUGACCGCAUUUUGGAAACUCAGACCCAAGUAGACGAGUUGAAGGGAAUCAUGGUCCGAAAUAUUGAUUUGGUGGCACAAAGAGGAGAAAAGCUGGAAUUGCUAAUUGACAAAACUGAUAAUUUAGUGGAUGCUUCAGUCACAUUUAAAACCACCAGCAGAAACCUAGCCAGAGCAAUGUGCAUGAAAAACCUCAAGCUGACCAUUGUUGUUGUGAUUGUAGCAAUUGUUGUCAUUUACAUCAUAGUUUCAGCAGCUUGUGGCGGCCUCUCAUGGCCAACCUGCGUGAACUAGGAACCAAUUUUAUUAGUUGGAGGGAAAAUCUGAAAAAAAAUAGUUUUAACCACUGCACGAGGAUUUCAUUAGAGAUCUAUGUGUAAUAGUUCAUCUCAGCUUCCAAAUAUUAUGCAUUUAAAAGGCUCUAGUUUCUGCUUGCCUUAUUUCUGACUUUUUAUACUUUUCAUAUUAAUUGAAGAACUUGCUGCAUUAAAACUGAAACACAAAUCCAUAUUUUAUUCAGUGACUGAAAUAAAAUUGUAACUUUUUUUAAGUAGUUCAUUUUGAAUCAAUCGGUUUAGCACUUUUCUAAAAUGGUGUUGCAUAUUAUCACCCUCCUUUUGAAUAGCACUGAGAUAAUUGGGAUCUGUUGUUUUCCCUUGCACCACCUCUUCCUCCACCAUCACUUUUGCUCAGUAAAAUCUGAUGCAAAAUCUUGAAUUAUCUGGAUGGAAAUGGAUAAUGAUAAUAUUUCUCAGCCUUCAAGAGGGUGCUAACUAUUUGGUCACGUUUAACUACAAGAUGGGGAACCAUAUUGCUAAAUAGCUUUGUUUCACAAUUGGGAAAAUGUAUAUAAAUUGUUGCAUACCUUCAGAAACAGUUAAAGCAUUUAGAACUAUUAAGCAGUCAUUUUAGUUGUAAAUUAAUGGCAAUUGUUACUAGCCUAUUGUAAAAAUGUAAAUUUCUUAUGCCAAUCACAUAGCCAGUAUUUAUGUACAGGACACCAACAAAGUAUAACAGGUGUAAUACAAGUACUGUAGUGAUUGUGUACACAGCUUAAUUGUUAUGCUGCUGAAUGCAGAGCUUUUGCUAACUAAACUUGUAAAUUUUUUUACGGUCUACAUUGUGUACUUGUUUGUGCUGUUUUGAUCCUUAUUUAGGCAAUGACAGUGCCAAUGUUUAAAAUAAACUUUGAACCUGAACUAGCUUCAAUCUUUCUAGAAUGACUUCAGGAUGCAGUUUUUGCAUGUUUCUGGACUGAAAAGGUAUAAAAUUACAUGUUGUAACAGUGAAAGAAGUUCUUGUCAAUACAAAUCAUUGACCUUUCAGUGGAUGGAGAACAUCCAAGUGCUUGUACUUUUAUUGAUAUUUUGGUUGGGGGGGUGGUGGGAGACUGCCUCUCCCUCUAAGAUCUAGGUUUGCAUCAUUUCAAGUGAAGAUCACUAAUUUUCCUAUGCCCUUGGGAGUGAAAAGACUGGGUGGUUGUGGAUAUGAACAAUUUCGUUGGCAUGUGGAUAAAAUGAGCAACCUGAGUUGGCUCCGAGCUAAACUUUACUUAUUUUAAUUCCAUUCCCAUUGCAUAAAUUAACACUGCUGUAAUUCCAUCAGAUCUCAGAUUAUAAAAAUGACCUUUAUUAGAUCAUUAAUUUAUAUCAACAAAAUACUUUUGUUUAAAGCUAUGCCUAUCAAUGAGUAAAUACACUGGAGGAAAUGAUGGUUAAUUGAUCCAUGUUGGGCUCAGAAAUGUCUAUAUUAUUUUGCAUCCAGCUUAAAAAAACAAUUCUCAAACUCUUGGUCCAUACUUUAGAAGCAUUGCUUGAGAGCUUUGCCAAGUAUAAAUAAUAAAGUUGCAACUGUUUUCUGAACACUUUCCACAAUACAUUGAGCUUGUAUAUUAGCUGCAUGUUUAAGAACUCUCUCCUUUUUGAAUCAUAGGCUAUGUCACAAUUUGUGAAUGAGCAGUCUUAUCUUUGCCUUUUAAUGAGCACAAAUUUACAUAGAGGGGUUAGAAAUCUCAUAGCAAGAAUAUUAUUUAAAUCAGUAGCUGUUAUUUGUUUUACCCAGAUUCAAGCUCUGGUUCCUUUUUAUACUUCUGAAUAGAUUUCAAAUAGGGUGUAAAGCUAAGGAACCCGAGUAUAAAGCAUUUUUAAAUUAUAGGAUAAUACUUUAAAUAUUCUGUAAUUUGUGUCAUCAUGAAUUUACUAUUAGCAAAAAAAACUAUUGCAUCUCCCAUCCCACACCAGCCUUAAAGGAUAAGAAUUCAGGUUGCUGUCCAAGUUAUAAAAUUGUACAAAAAGUGAAUGUAUUAAAUGAAAUUCUAGAAUCUUACUAUUGUUAACAUAUUAGGUCACAGUUGUAAUAUAUAAAUUGUUUCCGCUCUGUAUAAGAUGCUGUUGCACUUUGCAUUGUAUCAGAUGGUAAAAAUAAAUUAUUUAAACAUAACAGUUUGUUUUGUCAUAC